AUGGCCCUCAAGAGCUUCCUUGCCCGCGUCAAAGGCGCCAGGGGCAACCACGCAGCCAUCGUGGACAGCAACGGCGCCAAGGGCUACGGGACGACGACGACGACUCCUCUUCCGGGCCCGGCCGACGACUCGGGUUUCGCGUCCAACGUUGAGCGGCAGGAUGCUGCGCCGGGGGUCAUCCGGACGACGCCGGGGCCGCCGCUCGGAUACAACGACGGCCACGAUCCCGGCGACGACGGCGACGACGACCACGCCGGCGACCUCGUCACGGCCGGCGAGGGCCGCCAUCUCAAGCGCGGGCUCGCCGAGCGGCAUCUGUCCAUGCUCGGCAUCGCGGGCGCCAUCGGCACCGGCCUGUUCCUGGGCCUGGGCGGCGCCGUGCAGCGCGGCGGUCCUCUCGGCGCGCUGCUCGGCUAUGCCACCGUCGGCCUCGUCGUCUGCGCCGUCCAGUUCGCCCUGGGCGAGGUCGCCGCGCUGCUCCCCGUCACCGGCGCCUUUGUGCGCCACGCCGAGUUCCUCGUCGACCCGGCCUGGGGCUUCGCCAUCGGCUGGAACCUCGUCUACGGCAACAUCCUGUCCAUCCCCUCGGAGAUCACCGCCAUCUGCGUGCUCUUCGAGUUCUGGACCGACCUCAACCCCUCCGUCUGGAUCGUCACCUUUGUCCUGCUGACCCUGGUCGUGGGCCUCUCGGUCGUCCGCCUCUUCGGCGAGGUCGAGUUCGCCUUUGCCGUCCUCAAGAUCCUCCUCGUCGUCUUCCUCGUCGUCCUCGGCCUCGUCAUCGACCUCGGCGGCGUCAGGGGCACGCCGCCCGUCUACUUCCGGUACUGGCGCGACCCGGGCCCCUUUGUCGAGUUCAUUGCCACCGGCCACUGGGGCAGGUUCCUCGGCUACUGGAGCGUCAUGACCGGCGCCGUCUUCUCCUUUGCCGGCGUCGAGUCCAUCGCCAUGGCCGGCGCCGAGACCAAGAACCCGCGCAAGGCCAUCCCCGCCGCCUGCAAGAACGUCUUUAUCCGCAUCGUGCUGUUCUACAUGCUGGCCAUUCUCAUCGUCGGCAUGCUCGUGUCCAGCCAGGACAGCCGCCUGGACAGCGAGAGCGGCGACGCGACCCAGAGCCCCUUUGUCAUUGCCGCCUCGGCCGCCGGCAUUCCCGCCAUCCCCUCCGUCGUCAACGCCGUCGUCAUCACCUCGGCCUGGUCUGCCUCCAACCAGAGUCUCUUGGCCGGCACCCGUGUGCUGUACGGCCUGGCCGUCAAGAAGCAGGCGCCCAGGAUUUUCCUGAGGACCACGUCCUGGGGUGUGCCCUACGCCUGCGUCUUUCUCUUCAUGGCCUUUAGCCUCCUCAGCUUCAUGAGCCUGUCGAGCGACGCCAUCACCGUCUUCUGGUGGCUAGUCAACUUGACAGCCGCCGGCGUCUUGGUCUCGUGGAUUUCCAUCCUCGUCAACCACAUACGCUUGCGCUUGGCCAUGCAGAAGCAAGCCAUUCCAAUUACUAGGCUGCCCUGGUCGAACUCGUGGACAUGCGGCUUUGCCGUCUUCACCAAGGGCAAUUGGAACGCUAGCAACUUUGUCUCUGCGUACCUCGACAUACCGCUUGUUUUGGCUGCAUACUUCAUCUGGAAGUUUGUCAAAAAGACCAAGAUUGUCGCGCUGGCUGAUAUCCCCCUACAACGGGCGUUUGAGCGGGCGGACCAGAAGUAUGAAUCCCUGGCGUCGUAG